AAUAAGUAGCCUAAACAAGCAGAGAAAAAAAAAUCUAAGAGGAAAAUACGUGAAUAGUCAAACACCUUGUAUGACUCAAAAAAAAAGUGUAAUUAUCUUGUAACUUAAAUGUGUAAAACGUUAAAGUUGGUGCAUCUUACACGCUUCUAGUAUUUAGCUGGUGAUGUUUUGUGUUAUAGCCUUGAAUUCACCUCUAGUCUCUGCUAGACUCUCCCGCUCUGUUUAUUCACUCUAAAUCGACGUGUGGCGUCACUGAGCCUUCUAUUAUGACGACUGCCCUAUUAAGAAUGACAGCGCGUGAGGAGAGAGAGGGCAAUGGUGAUCCCUCCCAGAGUUCGUGCAGCACUCUCGAGCGCUCGCAUCGCACAGCUUCUCGUCUGCGUUUGCUGCUCCAAACUGUCUUACCAAGCUCCGGGAGAUCUGGCACUCUGCUCUCGUCUAACGGUUAUGGACAGCGCUAAGGACAUGCUGAUGCGCGCCGAGGGUGGUCAGGUUGGCACACUGUCUGCCAAAACAGGCUCUAAUUCGACAGAGGCUACUGGAGACCCCAUGCGCAAGCUACUGGACAAACAGAUUAACCAGAACAGACUAAGCCCCGUGCCUUAUUCGCAAAACCUAGUGGAUGACGUGACAAUGGGACAACGUAGCGCAAAGUACGGAGAUGUGACACUUGCUAGCAAGCCCUCCGCGCCGGACAGAGACCUGUCAGACAUCCCUAACAAAGAUGCCAGCAGCUCAGAUGCGGAAUCAGACCUCUAUGAGGAAAUAGAUGUCAGCUGUACCCCAGAGAGCAUGGAUUACCCGAGUGGACAAGGACUGGCAAUGGGCUCGCCGAACCACGGUAAAGAAGUCGGUGUGGACAAUAAGAUGGGCUCAGGCCCCGGUGCUCUCAGCUAUGGUUCUGACCAGAUGCGAAGGUACAGAACAGCAUUCACGAGGGAGCAAAUAGCACGACUGGAGAAAGAGUUUUACCGGGAAAAUUACGUGUCCAGGCCACGUAGGUGCGAGUUGGCAGCUGCCUUAAAUUUACCGGAAACAACAAUAAAGGUUUGGUUUCAGAACCGUCGCAUGAAGGACAAGAGACAGCGGUUGGCUAUGACUUGGCCGCAUCCUGCCGACCCCGCCUUUUACACCUAUAUGAUGAGCCAUGCUGCAGCUACCGGCAGCCUGCCCUAUCCGUUUCAAUCUCACCUUCCUCUACCAUACUACUCUCCACUCAGCGGUGUGACUGCAGGUUCAGCCUCUGCCACCGGUGGUCCAUUCUCCAAUCCUCUGCGCUCUCUGGACAGUUUUCGGGUGCUAUCGCAUCCAUACCCGCGUCCUGAGCUGCUGUGCGCCUUCAGACACCCAUCACUGUACCCCAGCCCGGGUCAUGGGCUUGGUCCCGGGGGAAGCCCAUGCUCUUGCCUUGCCUGUCACGCUGCCAGUCAGUCAAACGGGCUCCCACAUAGGUCCAACACCGCAGACUUCUCGUGUUCGCCCACGACCAGGACUGAGGCCUUCCUCACGUUCUCGCCAGCAGUCAUCAGCAAAUCAUCUUCAGUGUCUUUGGACCAGAGGGAGGAAGUGCCACUAACCAGAUAAGACGACAGCAGGAGGCUACAGUUUCUUCGGGUACUAUCCGGAUCAGCUUUGGGCACUUUGGCAGUAUUUAAUAAGUCAUCGCAUGAACUACUCAAAGCAGCUUGCACACAACAGCAAUCUGCUUUAGAUAAGUUUCGAAACUGUGGAUGUUUUCCAGUUAAGAAGCUAUAUGUUGUGCAGACGGAGUCUACUUAUACACUGUCAGGCCACGGACUUUUAAAUAAUCUUUGGAGAAAUUAGAUAUUGAUAACAGAGAUAUCAUAUUAACUCAAAUACAUUUUAAGUAGGCUACACCCUAUAAACAAAAAUGUGACAGGAGACAGGGAAAUGCAUUUGUAAAAAAUGACUGGAGGAUAGCGCAAAAAUCUAUUAUAAUUUAUACUCUUUCAUACCCAUACAAAUUGACCCACAUGCAGUUUCUUUCACAUUAAAACGAUGUUUUUCAUCUAGCUUUUUAACAAGGGGAUUUGUUAACCGAGCACGGUUGGCUCAUUAUUCCUCCUCCACGAACACCCGGUCCCGGAAGCACAUCGAAAUGUGCAGAUGCGAGGGAAAUUAAGGAGUGAUGUAUUCGGAAGGGAGAAAUUUUGAAUGUUGAAUUAAUGAUAAUGCUGCACGCUCAGAGACUUGUCUGCCAAACCGGUAACAAGGCGCCAGGGGAGCGGAUUAAGAAGCUCCAUGCGAGGCUUGCUGGCUUGACGGGAGAACAUGCGCUAGAGAUCCAUUGGACAAUCACAUGCGGCAAAUUGGGGCAAGCCAGAGAUGCCUGUCUUACCCGCAUACCGUCAGCUGAAUACCCCCAUCCCGAACCGUCUCUUCCCGGCCUUGCUGUUGGCUUCACCUUCACACUGAGACACACAAUACAAAUAAACACACACACAAGUAAAAUGAUAAAUCAAGCAUAAAUUACGCUAAUAUUUAUGGACAUCAUCAGACGUGGCAUUAUUUAUUGAUCGCAAUGUUUUUACAUUUAUGUAUUUUGAGUUCAACUCCUGCAUCAAGUGUUUUUUUGUUUUGUUUGUUUUUUUUAAAUGUACAGUUUACGCAUUCCUACUCUGCUCAGUUAUAGGUUGAUUUCAGGUUUUGGAAAAUGCGCGAA